CCCGCAUCGCCGCCUCUCUUGAGCCGCGAUGCCUUUCGUGGAGCUGGAGACGAGCCUCCCGGCGGCGCAGCUGCCCCGCGAUCUGCCGGCCAAGCUGUGCGCCGCCGUGGCUACCAUCCUGGACAAGCCCCAGGAGCGGGUGAACGUGACGGUGCGCAGCGACGCGGCGAUGGUGCUGUCGGGGUCUGCGGCUCCAUGCGCCCAGCUGGUCGUCUCCUCCAUCGGCGUGGUGGGCACCGCCGAGCAGAACAAGGGCCACAGCGCCCGCCUCUUCGACUUCCUCACCAAGGAGCUGGGCCUCGGCCCCGACAGGAUCAACAUCCGAUUUUACCCGCUGGAACCCUGGCAGAUUGGCAAGAAUGGGACGGUCAUGACUUUCUUGUGAGUUGGCCAAAGACCCCCAAAGACCAGUGCCAACAUCUCCACCAGCUCCGGGGACCCCUCUCUUGGGGGAAGGGGAGUUACUCAUUUUCUCUUCAGACCCACUUCUCGAAAAGGUCUUUUGCUGUCCCACCACCCUUCAUUUUGCCUGAGCUCCCUCUGCCGCAGUGGGAGUUCUCUUUUACGUGUCUUUGUUUUCUCGAAAAGCCAUUGAGUCGCAUCCCAUGGACAAUUAAAAAACACGUGUUCCCUUCCA